UCAACCAAUGGGCAGUCACGUCAAAUGUACGCACCGUUUUUUUCUUUACAAUUCUGUUGUAAAUAAACGAAUGACAGAGACGCUGUUGAUAGUGAAAUUGCUACCAAAAUAUAUAAUAAAUACGGAAUCCCAAUACUCGACUGUCUAACAAGGCUAGUGUGGCUACGUUGAUGUCACUCCUACCCGCCAGUUUGCUGCCAGCCACUAAGAGAAGACUGUGUCGUGCAACACAGGUAGCUUGUGGCCAAUGCCACAGGCUCGACCUGCAGAGAGAAGUGGACUAUCAUCCUCGGAAAGGGCUUGCAAGUUGGCCUCAACAGACCUCUCUUUCCCCUUUUGGCUGUUGGGACUGAAGAAGGAGUGCCUGUGGACUCACCAGCAGUAAAAAAAAUUGUCAUGUCGGAGUUAAAUAAAGAGGUGGUGGAUCUGGUUUGGGGGAGACCCUCCAGUGGAGGAGUGUCUGCCUCUAUCUUCCGUAGAUGGACCCAAGGAUUUGUUUUUUGUGAGAAUGAGCAGACGGCACUGGAGCAGUUUGAAGGAGGGCCGUGUGCUGUCAUUGCACCUGUCCAGGCUUUCCUCUUAAAGAACAUUCUCUUCAACAGAGAAAGUCCCAACUGGAGACAGAUGACAGAGGAGGAACAGAAAACAGCCCUGUGUUCCACACUGAGUGAAAUCUUGGAGUCAGCCUGCUCCAGUCCCUCCACAGGGUUGUGCCUGGUGACUUGGGCCAAGGGACAAAGCCCUCAUACCAGCACACAUACUAACACACAGACACAGACACAGACACAGUCACAGUCGCAAACGCAGGACAUGCCAGCACCAGAGAGCAGCCAGCCCCCACAGGAACAGCAACCCACUGCUUUGGCUGCCGAGGACCUUGGCUUUGAGCGAUUUCACAGUGUUCUCCAUAAGCGGACCGUAAUGUCAGUGUCUGGUCUCAGAGAGGAGGUGUUGUCUCUUUACCACACCUGGAGGGGGUGCUGUGGAGUUUUGCUUUUCCUCUACUCCGUCAUCCUCACCAAGGGCAUAGAGAAUAUAAGAAAUGAGAUCCAGGACACGAUGGAGCCUCUCAUAGACCCUGUGCAUGGCCACGGCAGCCAGAGCCUGGUGAACCUCCUUGUAACUGGCCACGCUGUCUCUAAUGUCUGGGAUGGAGACAGAGAGUGCUCUGGCAUGAAACUGCAUGGUAUUCAUAAACAGGCAUCAGUUGGCUUCCUCACGCUCAUGGAAUCACUACGCUACUGCAAGGUCGGGGCAUUCCUCAAGUCUCCAAAGUUCCCUAUUUGGAUCCUUGGCAGUGAAACUCACCUCUCUGUGUUUUUCACCAAGGAGAUGUCCCUGGUAGGUCCAGAGUCUCCAUCAGAACAGGCAAGGAGGGUCUUCCAGUCAUUCGAUCCUGAAGAUAAUGGCUUCAUCCCAGAGUCUCUGCUCGAGGACGUGAUGAAAGCCCUUGACCUUGUCUCAGAGCCCGAGUAUGUCAGUCUGGUGAAGACUAAGCUGGAUCCAGAGAGUUUGGGCAUAAUUCUUUUGGGCCCAUUCCUGUUGGAGUUUUUCCCUGAUCAGGAUUCAGGAAUCCCAGACUCAUUUCCCAUCUACCACUACAAUGGGCUUAAACAGUCCAACCACAACGAGAGGGUAGAGUAUGUGGAGGGAACAGCUCUGGUGCUGGGUUUUGAGGACCCCAUGGUUCGGACAGACGACACUCCAGUCAAGCGCUGCCUACAGACCAAGUGGCCCUACAUCGAGCUGCUGUGGACCACUGACCGCUCCCCGUCACUGAACUAGCACUUACACAGUUUGUGUGUGCCUGUGUACGUGGAUGGACCACUACUAUUCCACACACCCCUCUCCGGCUUCCCCUCUGCACGCUGACCCUGAAAGGUCAGCAGGUUACAACUAUUGGCACACAUGCACAUAAACAACACAGAUGAAUGAGAAAAACACAACUGCACACAAGAGACUGAGACACUUUUGUGGACUUAACAUACAUAUAAUGCCUGAGAUCCAUUCUUCCAUCCUCACUCACACAUUCCACAAAAAAUCCAACUCACCUCUCCAGUUCAUGCUAUUGUCUGUUCAUGGCUUGUAAUUGACAUGCAGGAUGUUGAUAAUUAUUUAAGAAAAGUAAAAAAAAAAAAUGAAUGACUGUUUAUUUUUACAGCUCUGCUCUGUGCCGACACCUCUGCUACAGUAAGCAGUAGACAGCUAGAACCUGUUUAGGGAGCAAACUGGUUUGGUUCAGCAGCUCAAGUGUGUCACCGAAACACACGCUGAACCACAUGUACAGCCAGUCGACUGUGAAACACUACUGUUAAUCCAGCUAUAGGACUGUUCGAGGGAAAACCUACCAAAGCCUUCCACAUAUAAGAACACACACACACACAGACGGACUCACACAUACACAUACCAUCACACUCACUGACAAGCGUUUACAGCGUAAAGGGACCAACCCAGACGCAGAGAACUAGAGAUGUGAACACAAGGUUUCUUCAGUGUUUUCAUCAAGAUGAAGUUGUUUUACGUGCUCUCUGUGUGUGUGUGUGUGUGUGUGUGUGUGUGUGUGUGUGUGUGUGUGUGUGUGUGUGUAUGUGUGUGUGUGUGUGUGUGUGUGUGUGUGUGUGUGUUUCAUACACCACACUAGGAUGUUGGAGAAGUGUUCAUGUAUUUAUUAUCACACUCAAAGGUUCUGGAAUAAACAC